AUGGCCGUUUGGAGUCACCUAGAAGUGACCAAGUCGCAUGUAGCCUACGCGUGCGUCGGAGUGUUCUCGGCGAUUUUUUCGCUGGUGUCGCUUUUCGCAAAGGAGAAAUUAUACAUCGGCGAGUCGACCGUGGCGGUAGUGUUCGGGCUGAUCGUCGGACCGCACUGCCUGGACUGGUUCAACCCGAUCGAAUGGGGAAACACAGACUCGAUCACGCUCGAGAUCACAAGAAUCGUGCUGUGUCUGCAGAUUUUUGCGGUUGCCGUGGAACUGCCCAAGAAGUACAUGCUGAAGCACUGGCUGUCGGUGACGAUGCUGCUGCUGCCGGUGAUGACCGCGGGCUGGCUCAUCCUCGCGCUGUUUGUGUGGAUUGUUAUCCCACACGUGAGCUUCCCCGAGGCACUGCUGGUGGCGUCGUGCGUCACGGCGACGGAUCCGAUCCUGGCGCAAUCUGUGGUAUCCGGUAAGUUUGCGCAGCGUGUCCCCGGCCACUUGAGAAACCUGCUUACCGCGGAAAGUGGCUGCAACGACGGUAUGGCGUUCCCCUUCAUCUAUCUCUCCUUGAACCUUCUGUUUCACAGCGGGCACGGCGGGGAGAUUGUCAAAGACUGGAUCUGCGUCACCAUACUUUACGAGUGUCUCUUCGGAUGCAUAUUGGGCGCGUUCAUCGGGUACACCGGGCGAAGAGCAAUCAAAUUCGCGGAAGAGAAAAAGCUGAUAGAUCGUGAGUCGUUUCUGGCCUUCUAUGUGGUGCUGGCCUUCAUCUGUGCCGGUUUUGGCUCCAUGUUGAGUGUUGACGACUUGCUAGUUUCUUUCGCGGCAGGAACAGCCUUCGCGUGGGACGGAUGGUUCUCCAAGAAAACGAAGGAAAGUGAGAUUUCGACUAUUAUAGAUUUACUUUUGAAUCUCGCUUACUUUGUGUACUUUGGCGCCAUUAUCCCAUGGCAGCAAUUUAACGAUCCAGAGAUUGGCACUAACGCAUGGAGAUUGGUUAUCCUCGCUAUCGUGGUAAUCGUACUCCGUAGAAUCCCAGCUGUUCUGGCUUUCAAAGCCUUUAUUCCAGACAUUAAAUCAUGGAGAGAGGCUUUAUUCGUGGGUCACUUUGGUCCUAUUGGUGUCGGUGCCGUGUUUGCCGCUAUCUUGGCACGUUCUGAACUUGAAGGGCAUGCGACAGGCGAAGAAACGCCGCUCAAGCAAUUGCCGGAGAAAGGCUCUGAAUAUUGGAGGCUGAUUGCAUUGAUAUGGCCUAUGACUUGCUUCUUCAUUGUUGUUUCCAUUAUUGUGCACGGAUCUUCCGUUGCCGUCAUAACACUGGGUCGUCAUUUGAACACCAUAACUUUGACGAAAUCAUUCACCACACAUACCACUAAUGGCAAAGGCAACUCAUGGAUGCAAAGACUGCCCUCGCUGGAUAAAUCCGGACGUUCAUUUUCUUUGCAGAGAAUCGAUACCAAGGCUUCACCAGAAACUCUUGCACGCCAAGAAACUGUCGAGACUAGUGGCGUGCCUGCUAAACCUGCAGGAGGCAUGAAGAGAAAGCGGAGAAAGCUGAGAAACAGAAUAAAGAAAGAUUUGUUUAGGUCACGCACCAACAAUGGAGGAAACGGCGAGGACUCUGAAAACCUGGAUAGUGAGCGGCUACAGCGCGAGAAGGAAGCCCAAGCCGCCGCUUUUGCUCUAAGCGCCGAACUCCAUCACGACGAUGAUGCAUCAGAUGCUACAGACAUAGACGCAGAGGCCACUGGGACGGAUGCCGAGACCGAAGAAGGCACCAUCGAGGAACCACUCGAGUUGGUUGAUGUUAUGGACCCCUCGGAGGCUUCUCAUACCAUCAAUCGCCUUGAUGCUAUUUCUCAUGGUGAAAAGGUUGACACAGAAUCACUUGGCCACCAGUCACAAAAAAGCAAACCAGAGCCAAGCCCGAGCAACUCAUUGGAAGGUCAGUCACCCAACCAGGGCACGACUACUACCUCAUCCUCCAACUUUGACGAAGAAAAACUUGACAGGGAGUCGCAAGCAGCGUCUGCGGCAUCCAUGGACAGCUACGCUCGCGACUUGGAGAAAUUGAGAAAAGACAUGGAAGCUAAGAGAGAUGAAGAGGAGGGGGCUGUUGCCUAUACAGAGGGCAACAAGAUCAUUGUCGAAAAUAAGGACGGUGAAAUUAUAGAUCAGGCAGAGCUGAACCGUAAGCCAAGGGACGAAGAAGAGGGCCCUGACAGCACUACACCUCAAGACCGCAAAAGCCGCUCUCGUUCUUACAGUAUCAAUUCGCUGAAGAGAGCGCUCACACCUCCACGCAUGAGGAGACAAACGCUUGUCGAUGAGCAAGCUAAUAAGAGAUACUUUGCAUACAAAAUUGAUGACCAACUAAUCAUUGAAAAUGAUGACGGUGACGUUUUGAGAAGAUAUAAAAUCAAUCCACAUGCAGAAGCCGGCGCGAAGCCAGCGCCCAAGCGUAAGCCUACGGGUGUAGUAGCAAAGGCACUCUCUGCAGUUGGCCUUUCUAAGGGCUCUAGCCGUGCCCCUUCAGAAAACACAAGUGGUAGCUCAGCACAGGGCGAUGUAGCCCAGCCGCAAAGCUCUGUUGCCAAGAUCCGCGACCGCCGUCUCACUCCAGUUCCAACCUCCGGUGCUAUGGACGUGGGCUCAUCUGAAGAUGAGGAAGAAGAGAGCGAAGAAGAUGGCAGCUCAGACGAAGAAUCUGAAAGAGCCAUAGACGAUGAACCUGAAAGCGCUAGCGAUUAUGACGGCUCCGAGGACGGAUCUUAUACUGACGAAGGAUUCAGCGAUGAGGAGCCCGAAACCGCUAUUGAAAGGGCAAGAAGAUUAACGGCACUUGGUCACGUGUCAGCGCCAAGACGUGAAGAUGAUGAAGAGUUUGUUCCUGGAAACAGAGAAACGCAGAAUGCCGAGAGCAGUGGACCAUCUAACAAAGUCAAAAGCGCUUUGUCGCGCCCCUUCCGCAAACAAUAA